AUGCCUUCCGAAGCUGGCCACCGCCAUGCCUCCUCUUGCAUCUCAUCGUUCGAAUCGAGCUGGAUUGGGUCGAAGACUAACAACGAAACUAGGGGACGUCACCUGAGCUACAAGCGCUCGCGUCACAACCUUACCCCCGCCACCAGCCUCAUCCAGAUUGAGGGUGUCGACUCUGUCGAGGGUGCCAACUUCUACCUUGGCAAGCGCAUCGCCUACGUCUACAAGGCUCACAAGGAGAUCCGUGGAUCCAAGCACCGCGUGAUCUGGGGCAAGGUUACCCGGCCGCACGGCAGCUCCGGUGUCGUCCGCGCCAAGUUCUCGACCCCCCUCCCUUCAAAGUCUUUCGGUGCUUCGGUCCGUGUCAUGCUGUACCCCUCGUCGAUAUAA